AUGGCUUCCGGCCGAGGUGGUUCUGUAGAACGAGGUCCAGGCGGCGCUCGGAGCGGCGCACCAGGUUCUCCACCACGACCUAUGGAGGGGCGGGUAGGGGAUGGACCUGGAGGAGCCGGCGCUUGCUUUGUGGGAGGGUUUCUUUCCUUAGCGGCGCCGACAUCACGGCAUUCUUUCCGUUACGACGGCCCUCGACCCCAUCCCAAAAAGGAAAAGCGGCCGGAGUGUGGCAAUGGUGAGGAGGAUGAGGAGGAGGAGGGUGAGAGCGAGUCGGAUGAGGACGAUGAGGGGAGCGGGGAUGACAGUGAGGCCGGGUGGGACCCAGAGACGCAUCGCGGUGGGGAGGGGGGGGAUGAUGAUGAAGACCACGAGAUGGAUGGGUUGGAGCCACAGGGGCGAGAGGAGGAGGUGGGAGAGGGUGGUGGAGAGGCGGCGACUGAGGCGGGCUCACACCAUGUGCGCGAAGGGGGUGGGAGCGUGGGGGUUAAGUUGCCAAGUGAGACGUUUCCUCGAGGGGGCUACAAGGGUGUGCCAGAUGGCUACGUCGAAGAUUACCCGCAUGCCAAGACGUGGCCUCACCUCGCGACCAAGACAGGGCAGGCAGCUGGUGGGGAUAAGAAGGGGGGCGGGAUCGAGCGGUUCAUGACAUCGAAGCUGGCUUCGGGGGAGCUCCGACAGGCGAUCACCAAGCUAGUGGUCACCUGCAACCUCCCCUUCCGCAUCGUGGAGGCCGAGGCUCAUGUGCCUGCAUUUCUCACACCCAUCACCUAUUCGUUGACGGCCCUCUCCCGCCAAGUCUCUACCCCCCUCCAGUUUCGGGAGUUGCUGAUCCUGCUAAAUCGCAACUGCGCGCAGAAGAACUUCAUCCCCUCCCGAUGGACGGUCUCUCGCGACACCGUGGUCUAUGCGGCGGCCGCUCUCCAGUCCGCCAUCGCCGAGAUGAUGGCAAAGGAGGGGGAGCUGGGGUGCAAGGUGUCGAUUACCAUAGACAUAUGGACGGCACCCAACAACAAAGCAUGGCUGGUGGUGACCGGGCACUGGAUAAACGAGGCCUUCCAGCUGCGCACGAUGGUGCUUGAGUUCCGUGAGAUGCUCGGGCGGCAUGGGGGCAAGGAGAUUGCGAAGGUGGUUGAGGAGACAGUGGUGCAGUGGAAGUUGGAGGGGCGUUAUCUUGGGUUGAUGUCAGACAACGCCUCCAGCAACAUUGCUGCCUUCAGGCGGCUGUCGGUGUUGGUGUAA